AUGAGUUGCCAACCUUUUACUUCAGCCGAUAGUUUUGUACCUCUGAAUUCUGAAUCCUCUGCCACUCUGCCUCUGAUAAUGCAUCACAGUUCUGCUGAAUGCCUGCCAGCCUCCAACCAUGCUACCAAUGUGGUGUCAACAGCAAGCCUUCAUUAUUCUGUUCCUUCCUGCCAUUAUGGAAACCAACAGUCUACCUAUGGUGUAAUGACAGCAGGUAGCUUGACACCUUGCCUUUAUAAGUUUCCUGACCAUGCCUUGAGUCAUGGCUUUCCUCACAUGCAUCAGCCUCUCCUGGGAGAUGACUCCACAGCUAUUGACUUUAAGCAGGAAUUCCGUCGAAAAAAUAAAUCAGUUGAAGAGCCAGCUGACAUGGAUUCUCCUGAAAUCCAAGAACUAGAAAAGUUUGCCAAUGAGUUCAAAUUGAGAAGAAUUAAAUUAGGCUACACUCAGACAAAUGUUGGGGAAGCUUUGGCUGCAGUACAUGGCUCUGAAUUCAGUCAGACGACUAUUUGUCGAUUUGAAAAUCUGCAACUCAGUUUUAAAAAUGCUUGCAAACUAAAAUCAAUAUUAUCCAAGUGGUUGGAUGAAGCUGAGCAAGUAGGAGCUUUAUACACUGAUAAAGUGGGGGCAAAUGAGCGGAAAAGGAAAAGGCGAACAACCAUAAGCAUUGCUGCUAAAGAAGCUCUCGAGAGAUAUUUUGGGGGACAAAGUAAACCCUCUUCUCAAGAAAUUAUGCGGAUGGCAGAGGGCCUGAAUCUAGAGAAAGAAGUAGUGAGAGUUUGGUUUUGCAACAGAAGACAGAGAGAAAAAAGAGUGAAAACAAGCUUACAUCAGAAUUCAUUUCCCUCUAUUGUUAAGUAG